CUUCCUUUAAUAUUGACGUUGACAAAUGAAUGUCAAAUGUCAUCAUUUAUUUGUCAAAAGUCAAAAGCAUGUCAAAGGUCAAAACGAAUGCCAAAUAAAUGCCCGCCCCGUCCCUUCUUUCUGCUGUCGCAUUUCUCCCACUUUUAACUGGUAUUAUUGAAAUAAUUUACGAGAACCGGCUCUUCCAGCAACAAGCAAGUAGUUUUUAUUUAAACAGAAUCAUGGCGCAAACAUUUAAAGAAAUCAAAAAUCGACUAGACGUUUCGCUACAUGAUAAUUCAAAACCAUGGACCUCUCUACUGGCAACAGCUGAGGAAAAAAGUGGAGUUAACAGAGUGUACCUCGCUUUAGGAGUCGCCGUUUUCAUAGGAUUGUGGUUAGUGUUCGGUUACUUUGCCGAGCUAAUUUGCAACACUGUGGGUUUCCUGUAUCCUGCAUAUGUAUCCAUAAAAGCAAUUGAAUCUAAAGGAAAAGAUGAUGACACCAAAUGGUUGACCUAUUGGGUAGUUUUCUCCAUAUUCUCUAUUGUCGAAUAUUUUGCUGAUUUUAUUGUAAGGUGGUUCCCAUUGUAUUGGCUUGUCAAGUGUAUUUUUAUGGUAUGGCUCAUGAUCCCUGGAGAUUUUAAUGGAUCAGUUACUCUUUACAAAAGGAUUAUAAAACCCUACUUUUUGAAACAUGAAAGAGACAUAGAUGGUACCAUUAACAAAGUUAAAGAUUCUGCAAAUAAAAUAUUCGAGAAAAAGGAUUGAGGGGUU